GGGCGGGGGCGGAACGCCGCCCGGCCGCGGGUCGGGCUGUGUGUCAGCAGCCCAGCGGGCACUCGGGCGGGACAUGGCGGGUUGCGUGGCCCGGCGGGCCUUGACCGUGGGCGGUCGCUGGUGGUCCCGGUCGCUGACCGGGGCUCGUGGGCCGAGGCCGCUGUGUGCAGCGGGUGGAGCUGGGGCCUUAACACCAGCGGCGACCACGACGACGCGGAGGCACCUCUCGUCCCGAAACCGACCAGAAGGCAAAGUUUUGGAGACAGUUGGUGUGUUUGAGGUGCCAAAACAGAAUGGAAAAUAUGAGACUGGGCAGCUUUUCCUACACAGUGUUUUUGGCUACCGAGGUGUCGUCCUGUUUCCCUGGCAGGCCAGACUAUAUGACCGGGAUGUGGCUUCUGCAGCUCCAGAAAAAGCAGAGAAUCCUGCCGGCCACGGCUCCAAGGAGGUGAAAGGCAAGACUCACACUUACUAUCAGGUGCUGAUUGAUGCCCGAGACUGUCCACAUAUAUCUCAGAGAUCUCAGACAGAAGCUGUGACUUUCUUGGCUAACCAUGAUGACAGCCGGGCCCUCUAUGCCAUCCCGGGCCUGGACUAUGUCAGCCAUGAAGACAUCCUCCCGUACAGCUCCACUGAUCAGGUUCCCAUCCAGCACGAGCUCUUCGAAAGAUUUCUGCUGUAUGACCAGACAAAAGCACCCCCUUUUGUGGCUCGGGAGACACUACGGGCCUGGCAAGAGAAGAAUCAUCCCUGGCUGGAGCUCUCCGAUGUCCACCGUGAAACAACUGAGAACAUCCGUGUCACCGUCAUCCCCUUCUACAUGGGCAUGAGGGAGGCCCAGAAUUCCCAUGUCUACUGGUGGCGCUACUGCAUCCGCCUGGAGAACCUUGACAGUGACGUGGUACAGCUCCGGGAGCGACACUGGAGGAUAUUCAGUCUAUCUGGCACCUUGGAGACAGUGCGAGGCCGAGGGGUGGUGGGCAGGGAACCAGUGUUAUCCAAGGAGCAGCCCGCAUUCCAGUACAGCAGCCACGUCUCCCUGCAGGCUUCCAGCGGGCACAUGUGGGGCACGUUCCGCUUUGAGAGGCCUGACGGUUCCCACUUUGAUGUUCGGAUCCCUCCUUUCUCCCUCGAAAGCAAUAAAGAUGAGAAGACACCACCUUCAGGCCUUCACUGGUAGGCCGAGACCCUGAGCACCCAGACUCAGACCCUGAAGAACAGCUCUCAUCCCACAACUGCUGCAGACCUCUCUCCAUCACGGGCCACAGGGGAUCUCUUAAUCACAUGCGCCAUUUGAUUGUGGAGUUCUAAUUUUGGUGGGUAGAACAUACCUGUUUUCUCCAGCAGCCCCACGUAGGACUCCUCCAAGAUUGGCCUCCCCUGUAAGCCCUGCCUAUGUUGUGUUCCCGUAAACCUUUCCAUCAGGAACUCUGUGUUCAGUGCCACAGGCCUUGGGGAGUUUCCUAGCCUGUUACACAAGUUGUUUAGAACGUGAGGUUUGGUCAAUAAACCAGUGCACGCUUGGCCACCCUCGCCAUUUCUGCCCCCAGGGUCUCAGGCUCCCUUUUUGACCUGGUGAGGGUCCCUGGUUGCUUUCCUUACUGCAUUUCUAGGAGGCUGCCCCUUCUACUAUGGUAUCCGUUUCCUUCCUGAGGCUGGGGAUUGACCGGUGUCUCCCAGGUCACUCAGCCAGUGAGGUGGGGGCUGGACUGGACUCCUGUCCUCUUCUUUACCCCCUGCCAGGUGCAGAGCUGGAGGCCAGCAUCAGGGUCAAAAGAGUGGCUCAGCAUUAAGCACUGGCCAACUAUUGGCCUCUCUGGGCCUGGGAGAGGAGUGAGGCAAGUCUGUGGGUUUCCUGGAGCAGUGGGCUUGCCAGCCACGGGUAUGUCAAGCCUCUAGAUUCCAAAUGCAGAAACCCAGUCAGGGAGCAUUAAGUAUGGACGGUGACUAAGCCAAGCUACUUUCGGAGCUGCUCGCAGCUCUCCAAGAGCCAGAGAUAAAAUGUGCUGCAUUUUUGCCCCGAUUCUUAGGUUUCCUGCUCCCCUGCCACCGUAGUGAUCCUUACAGAGGUUGUUUUCUUGACUUGAUAUUAAAUCUCAGUUUGAGGCCUUA